AAAAAAAAGAAAAGAAACUAAAAUAAAGAUUUUCUUUUUUCUAGAAAAAAACAUUUUUGUUCAUCUCAGUGCAAAACGGGAAUUACGACUAGGAGCUAGUAGCGACUCAUCUCCAGCGCAGUUGGCGUUGCAUCUCGAACACCAAACCAGCUUUAUGCUUAUUUUCACUCAAAGAAACAGUAACAGCACACAAAAAGCCAAACCGCCAACAAAGAAGCCAUGAAAAGAACACUCAAAGCAUUCGUCAAUCUAGCUCUUUCUUCUCAAUCACAUCCACCACUACCCAUCAGACAGCUUUCGGUUUUAAGGGCUCUCUCCACCACCACCACCACCACCACCACUAGAGUCUCAACUGAGAGUAAGGAGAAAGAAUCCAAGAAAGACUCUUUCAUUCUUGAAAAAUUUAGGCAGAGAAAACUUCAGGGUUCUUUGAAAACAACAAUAGCAACAACUACCAAGCAACAGGAAAGGUCAAAUUGUCGUGCUGAUGUAGUAGUUGGGAGCAAAAGUGAGGCGAGUAUAGGAGAGGUGGUGUCUGGUUUUGAAGAGUUGGGUUUGAAAGAAGAAGUGGCAAUGGCUGCUGGUGAAUUGGGUGUUUGGGUUCCUACUGAAAUUCAAUGUGUUGGUAUUCCUGCUAUUUUGGAAGGCAAGAGUUUGGUUUUGAGUUCAAAUUCUGGGUCUGGCAGGACUCUCUCUUACUUGUUACCUCUUGUUCAAUUGUUGAGAGGAGAUGAGGCUUUGUCUGGAAUGAAGCCUAAGCAACCCAAAGCUAUUGUCUUAUGCACCACAGAGGAGCUAUCUGAUGAGGGAUUUCGCAUCGCUAAGUCUAUCAGCGAUUUUGCACGACUAAGCCGAAGUGGCUCUGAUCAUCUGUCUCCAGAGAAUAUGUCAAAACCCCCUAUUGGAAUGCUAAUAGGAACACCUUUUGAGGUUGUCCAGCAAAUUGAGGAGGGAAGCAUUGCAACUGAUGAUAUCAAAUACUUGGUAUUGGAUGAUGCAGAUGCCAUGUUUGAUAAUGGCUUUGGUCCUGAAAUCAGCAGGAUUAUAAGUUCAUUAAAAAAUCGAAAAUCGCAAUCAAAUGAUCAAAGACUCCAAACUGUUUUAGUUACUGAUACAAUGACAGAGGUAUUGGGAAAAAGUGGUAUUUUGGAGCGUCUUGAGCAUGAUAAUGCCGGAAAAGUGACUGCAAUAGUGUUGAAGAUAGACCAGAUGGAGGCGUUUGAGAUUAUCAAGUCCUCAGAUGCUCUGAAGAAGAAAAUGGCCGAGGCUAUUGACUCCUUUGCAUCAGGAUCUUGAAUUGAUCACUUCUUGCCUGGCGCUGGUGGAAUUGAAACAAAAAGGACAUGGCUAAAAGUAUAGCUUUGUUCUGUCGUGAACUUAACUUUUGAGGCUAAAGAUUAUGAAAAAAUUUCUCAGACACUCUGUAGUCUGAACCUGUUUCACUGGCAGAGAAUUUAGUUGCAUGUGUGUGACUUUGUAUAUAUAGUGCGAGUUAAAAGAAUAUGAUUACUUAUACUACAUGAUGAUUGGGAUUACUGUCAAGAUUUUCUAGUCAUUUACAAGCAUAAUUCUGCAUAUUUAUUUA